AUGCAGCUGCCUGCUCACUUCUACUCUCAAAGAGACCAGGGCGUCAAGGUUUACUUGUCAAGUUUGUUUGUUAUUGCAAAUGCAAAUACCCACCAGGAGGAUGAGGAUGAUGCAUGGAUUGAUCCAUAUGACUUGCUCAACUACGACCCGAUGACAAAGCGCAUGAGAAAACCAGCAAUGUUUGAUGAACAGAAAAAAAAGGAGACCACCACCUCAGUGUGUCUUCCAGUAUUCAAGCGAUUCCUUUCCAGGCUCCUUAAAGAAACUUCAAAACUUGGCCUGCCUGAUGAUGGACAGACAUCCAUGCAUUAUGACGCUGAGGUGAAGCUGUCCAAGCAGUCGCUGGUGGAGAUCCAGAAGCUUUUGAAUGAAGAGAACGACUGGACCACUGGAGCCAUGGAUGAGGCUCUCAGUCAAAUUCUGCUCAGAUUCAAACUCCACGAAGCCUGGAAGUGGCAUUUCGAAGAUACAUUUUAUGUAGAUGCUGAUACCGCUCUGAAGGUUUCUUUGAUUGUUCUGAUUGUCGUAGCCAUAAUCAGCACUGAGCUCUGGUCUGUGGUCUGCUUGUUCGUCCAGUUCAGGAGAAUGUUUGCUGUUUGCUUUUUUAUUAGCUUGAUCUGGAACUGGUUCCAUCUUUAUAUGGUUGCCUUUGAAGAACACAAGAAGAACAUUGUGGAGGUGGAGAGCUUCAAUGGCAAAUGCACUGGGCUGAAACAACUGGACUGGAAGGACAAUUUGGCAGAGUGGUACAGACAGACAUGGACUCUUCAAGAUGAUCCUUGCAAAAAGUAUUACGAGGUCCUGGUGGUGAACCCCAUUUUGCUUGUGCCUCCAACAAAGGCUAUCACAGUCACCAUAACCAGUUUCAUCACGGACCCCUUGAAGCAAAUUGGACAGGGAAUCAGUGAGUUUCUCAGAGCCCUGCUGAAGGAUCUACCAGUCACUCUCCAGUUACCUGUACUGCUCAUCAUUGCACUCGCCAUCAUUAUGUUUAUGUAUGGAAGUGCUCAAGCAGCUAUACAUCAAGCAGUUCACUUUCCCCGGCUCGGUGGGAGACGGGACCCACCGCCUCCUGCUGUAGGACAGCGCCAAGCUCCUCAACUAGAGGAGCAUGAGGAAGCUUGGGAAGGAGGCGACACUCCAGAGUAA